GUGUGUAUCUCGUAGCCAACCUAUGAACGGUAGGCUACAGCAUAGGGAAAAUCGCCGUCGCUCAGUCAAGUGCGCUGUACAUGCAUGAAGGUGACAAUGGAACGGAUGAAGAUAUAGCGUCGUUUUUGUGCUGGAUGUAAUAUUUAAUUAAGGUGCACGGUGACACCGUGGCCAAACAGCCCGCCACACCCGUGACAACAACGUUGAGUCACGGUGACAUUUUUAUUGCCAUUUAGAAUAUUGCUGCUGAAUCUGUUUUAACGUUUCCGUUCAUUUUCCUCAGUCAGCAGUGGAGGAUCUAGCAAACUGAGGAAAUAGCAAAACAUAUCGCUGGCAAUGGGAGAGACCGAGACUCGCCAGAGGCUGCUGCGCAGCGUAAAAAAAGAGGUGAAACAGAUAAUGGAGGAAGCAGUGACCCGCAAGUUUGUGCACGAGGACAGCAGUCACAUAAUUUCAUUCUGUGCGGUGGUGGAAGCGUGUGUGUUGCACGGAUUGAGGCGGAGAGCCGCAGGCUUUCUGCGCAGCAACAAGCUGGCCGCCCUCUUUGUGAAGGUGGGGAAGAUGCUCGCUCCGGCCGAGGAACUGUGCCGGAAGGUCCAGGAGCUGGAGCAAAUCAUGGAGAGCAAACAAAACCAGACUCGAGUGAACCAAGACAGCAACCAGAAGAUGUCCAAACUGCCCAACCUGUCACCUCAGGCCAUCAAACAUCUGUGGAUUCGAACUGCUCUCACAGAGAAGGUUCUAGACAAGAUUGUGCUUUAUCUGGUGGAGAACAGCAGCAAAUUCUAUGAGAGGGAAGCUUUACUGCGAGACCCGGUGGAUGGACCAAUUCUUGCUUCAUUGUUAGUGGGGCCCUGUGCCCUGGAGUAUACAAAGGCCAAGACGGCCAAUCACUUCUGGACAGAUCCAUCAGCAGACGAACUGGUGCAGAGGCAUCGUAUCCAUAGUGGCCAUUGCCGACAGGACUCCCCCACCAAACGCCCCGCUCUGAUCACAAAAAGACAGUCGAGUGGCAGCAUUGACGACCGGCCCUCUUUCUGGGCAAGGGACUAUGUGGAAUCUCUCCACCAGAACUCCCGGGCCACAUUACUCUUCGGCAAGAACAAUGUUCUGGUGCAGCCGGUAUGUACGGAUGACAUGGAGGCUAUCCCAGGGUACCUCUCUUUGCACCAGACAGCUGACCUGAUGACCCUAAAGUGGACCCCAAACCAACUGAUGAAUGGAAACAUGGGGGACCUUGACUAUGAGAAAAGUGUAUACUGGGAUUAUGCAAUGACUAUCCGUCUUGAAGAAAUAGUCUAUCUGCACUGCCACCAACAAGUGGACAGUGGAGGCACAGUGGUCCUGGUCAGCCAGGAUGGGAUCCAGAGACCUCCACUGCGUUUCCCUCGCGGGGGUCACCUGCUGCAGUUUCUUACCUGUCUGGAGAAUGGACUCCUCCCACAUGGACAGCUGGACCCACCACUGUGGUCUCAGAGGGGAAAGGGGAAAGUCUUCCCUAAGCUUCGCAGAAGAAGCCCGCAUGGAUCCUGUGAGUCGGUCUCAGACAAAGAAGAAGACGAAGCCACCGACUACGUCUUCCGGAUCUUGCUACCUUCCAGCCAGUCUGACUUUGUUGCACCUGAGCUCAGUGAUCAAGCCAUGAGCCUGUGGCAACCAUCACCACGGAAAUCCUCCUGUUCGUCCUGUUCCCAGAAUGGUUCCUCAGAUGGGGGUCUCCCUGAUGGCUGUAACCAUGACAGGCCAGUGGCUCCUUUGAAAUUACUCUGCGAGACCAUGAAGUAUCAGAUCAUUUCCCGUGCUUUCUAUGGCUGGUUAGCCUACUGUCGUCACUUAUCCACGGUGCGCACACACCUGUCGGCCUUGAUAAACCCCUCCAUCAUCGAGCAUGAUUUCCCCACUGAUGCCAAAGGCGGUCUAAGUUUGGACGUGUGGAAGACCUUCUUACAGGACUCCUCUGUGUAUGAAGAGCUGGAGAUUCUGCGUCUGGUCUACUAUGGAGGGGUGGAGCCCAGCAUACGCAAGGAGGUCUGGCCUUUCUUGCUGGGCCACUACACCUUCACCAUGACCUCAGAGGAGAGGAAGGAGGUGGACGAGCAGGUGCGAGCCAGCUACGAGCAGACGAUGAGUGAGUGGUUGGGCUGUGAGGCCAUCGUGAAGCAGCGUGAGAAGGAGCAGCACGCCGCUGCCUUGGCUCGCUGCUCCUCGGAGACGGGAGGGGAGCGAGGCCCACGCCACGACUCCACCGUCAGCUCAGACUCAUCCCAGAGCAGCAGCACCUCAGAGAGACAGAGCCAUGCUUCCUCUCACAGCGACUCGAACAGCAGCGCACAGGUGUUUGGUUCAGUUGAUGAAGAGGAUCAACCUGAACUGGAGGCCAAGCCUGAGGACCAAAAACCUAUGCCUAAGCUCUCAAAUGGGACUCUGGCCAAUGGCACCAGCUCACCGGACUCGGGCCAUCCCUCGUCUCGUAACUUCUCCACCACGUCGGGUCUCUCCGAUUGCUCCCCCAGCACCGACGAGGCCUCUGCCCACGACUCCGGGGCCAGAGCCGGGGUGUCUCAGACUCCCGCGAAGAAGAGCCAGCCAGAGUCGGCUGCAGAGGGAGCUUCUGUUAGCGUAGCCGACUCCCAACCCAAAGCGCCGCCCCCAGAGAGCGAGCUCACAAAACCCAAUCCGGCAGAGCAGGAGGUGAAGGUGCUGGAAAAAGAGAAAACCGAAGUGGUCUCAGAAAAGGAAGCUUCAGGAUGCGUUUCAGUCAAAGAAGACGAUGAAGGCGUCCUGGAAAGUGAACCUGCAGCACCAGUGGUGUCAGAGAAGGAUUUGAAGGUGCUGAGUAAAAAAAUGGUCUCCGAAGAGAAAGCCAAAGAGGUCUCAGAGGAAGCCUCAGGGGGCGUUUCAGUCAAAGAAGACACAGGUGUCCUGGAGAGUGAACCUACAGCGCACAGUAACACAGUCCCGGCUAUGGAGUCAGAUUCUGGUGAGGCGUUAGAAGGAAGCUCACUUGAGAGUGAAGUGCCGCUUUCUGAUACUGACCCAAAAUGCAGUGAGCCAAAACAGCAAGGUGUGAAGAUUCCUGAAGAGAAGGAGGAUUCAGAAAAGAAAGGGGAGAGUGGUCUUCAAGAAACAGUAGCAGAAGCUGAAGUUGGGAAAGGGACUUCUGACGCACAGGAGACUCAGGAUCCUGAGACAGAUGAAGAAAAAGUCCUAAGUAGAUUAGAGGAGAAAGCUGACUCCUCACAGGAGAGCACAUUAAACCCAGAACAAAACCAAAAAACAGAGUCGAGUACGGUAAAGACACUCGAAACAGCUGACAAGAAAUCCCUAGAAACGGAAAAGACAGCUGAUAGCACACAAAGUACUGAAGGGGCGAUUCCAAAGUCUGAGAGUUUGAACAAGGAGCAUGCCGAAAUCCUCUCUGAAGAAGCUCCUGAUGUACCCAAAGACAAGAAUGAGAAUGCUGGAACAGACCAUAUCACAAGUACUGUGGUAAAUGAUCCUCUGAAGACAGAAGAAUCUGAAGAUAAUCAAAAGGAAGAUCCUAAGGCCGUUGAACCACAAAUCAGUGAAUCCCUUAAACUAGAAGAGCCUUCCAUUUCAGAAGCCGAAGAGUCAUCGCCAUCAAAAGGCAUUAGUUCAUCUGAUGCCGCAGAGAACACAGCUCAGUCAGUAAUUGAAUCAAAACAAGCCAAGUCAACACCAACAAAAGAGGUCAACCCCUCUGUAACAGAUGAGAACGCUGCUCAGUCAGUUACUGAAUCAAAACAAGAAGAACCAUCACAAUCAAAUAAGGUCAAGUCUUCUGAAACACUCCAGAAUGCUGGUCAGCCAGAAUCUCACUCAAAAGAAUCAGAGCCCUCAUCGGUAAAAAGGGCCAUCUCAUCAGACCCAGCUGAGAGCAGUGUGCCACUGGGUACUAAAUCAAAGCCGGAGCUUUCCCCAACAGAAGAGAUUCUCUCAUCAGAGGCGGUUGAGGAGACAGCAAUUCAAGGCUCUGAGUCAGAGGACUCCACCGCUCCAGGGAUGGAGGGGAGAACGGUGUCUGAGUCAGACGACGCUAAAGCCUCUCAGUUGGGGCUCAGUUGGGUACUGGAGAGGAGAGACUCCAACACGGAGUCCGAAGGCUGCGUCUCCGCUCCGCCUCUCCUCACGCAGCAGUCCUCCACCCUCGACAUGGCCGACUCGGACGACUCCCCCUCCGCCCUCGAAAUGGAGGACAUCCCUACCGCGUUAAUCUGCAUGUCGACCGAGGACCACUGGGGAAGGCAGCCCCUCACCCUGGACGCCCCCUCGGCCCAGCGCAUCCCCAGAGAGCCUGGUGUGGACCUGCCCACCCUGGAGCUCCGUUUGGAAGUGGGCCCCAACACGAGCCCUGAGGCCACAGAGUCCAUCCUGUCGGAGGAUGACCCUGACAUGGAUAGCCUCUUCCCAAAGGCAGACUCCCUAGCAGUAAGAGGGGAGCUGAAGAAUGAGUUGGCCUCCCCUGUGUCCUCCAUUGGUACAACUUACUCUCAAGAGCUGUUGGAUAUGUACAUGCUGAACCUUCACCGCAUUGAAAAGGAUGUUCACAGGUGCGACAGAAACUACUGGUAUUUCACCACGGCCAACUUGGAAAAACUGCGCAACAUCAUGUGCAGCUAUGUGUGGCAGCACCUGGAGAUAGGCUACGUCCAGGGAAUGUGCGAUCUACUAGCACCUCUGCUGGUUAUCCUGGAUGACGAGGCCAUGGCCUUCAGCUGCUUCACGGAGCUCAUGAAGAGAAUGAACCAAAACUUUCCUCAUGGGGGAGCCAUGGACUCACACUUUGCUAACAUGCGCUCACUCAUCCAGAUCUUAGAUUCUGAGCUCUUUGAGUUGAUGCAGCAGAAUGGAGACUACACCCACUUCUACUUCUGCUACCGCUGGUUUCUGCUUGACUUUAAGAGGGAAAUGGUGUAUGAUGAUGUGUUCUCCGCUUGGGAGACCAUCUGGGCAGCGCGGUCCGUCUCCUCCAGCCACUUUGUCCUCUUCAUCGCGCUAGCGCUGGUGGAGCACUACCGGGACAUCAUCCUGGAGAACAACAUGGACUUCACCGAGAUCAUCAAAUUUUUCAAUGAGAUGGCGGAAAGGCAUGACGUCCCACAGGUUCUGGUCAAGGCUCGGGAGUUGGUCCACAAAGUUCAGACGCUUAUUGAGAACAAGUAGGCGAGAUCCACCAUUGUGUCUUCCAGUCUAAUCAUGCCAUUCCUAUUGUGCUGCCAGGUCCUGUUGCAAAGAGAGUAUGUGGAGACAAAUAAGGAACCAGGGCCAAAUUCAAGAUUCAUGUACACAUUGGCCAACACCCCUUUGUAAUGAUGUAGCUGUAUUCCCAUAUAUGUAAAAAACCGGAUCUUCAUGCUCAGUAGAACACAGAGGGUGUAAUAUAAGAUUUGCACAACAGAGUUUAGUUGCAUGCUGGAACAUCAUGCUUGUCAUAAUCUGGAAUUUAUUUGCGUUACUUCGUAAAUUGAUUUAUGGAUACUUAUAAAAAUGAAAUAGGAAACGUAUGGUUUUGAGAAAGAGUGACUUGAAUUAAAUGAAUUGUUAAACAGUAGUAUAUGAUUUAGACAUUAUUGUGGGGCCAUAUGUGAGGUCAUAAUGUCAUGAUAAUUAACAAAGUUAGCAACAGAGACACUUUCCCAAGCUAAGAAAGCCAUAAUAAAUAUUCACACGUGGAUGUAUACAUGGAUAUAUUUUUUUAGCAUCUUUGAAGACAGUAUUGCUCAUAUAUUGCCUAUGUUACUUAAAACUAUAUAAUGGAAAGACUGAUAUCAACUUGGUCAUUCCUAAGCACAAAUUGUAAUAGCCAGAUCAAUGCAUAAUUUUAAGAACCGAGAAUAUCACCGAGGUACAGAGCUGUAAAAGUGUCCUAGAGUAGAUUUGUAGUACCAUAAGGCUGAAGUUCUGCCGUCACCAUAAUAACUAAUUCACUCAAUUUAAAUUAAAAAAGUAAAUUAAUCUUGCCCCACUUCCAUAGUUGGUCACUCUUGGCCACCCAUGUUCUCAAUACCAAUACAUUCCCCACGAAUGCAAAUGUUUGCACAUGGAUAGUUCAGUUUAGAGACAGACUGCAGAAUCUAUGGAAACUAUACAUGAACUGAGUAAACAAAUACAGGGGGUGGGGGUGGGGUGGGGUGUUGACAUUUUUCUCUUCUAUCAAGUGACCUCAGGAUGGCUCUGGACCUGGGCACAGAGCCUUAAGUGAACACCUUGAGGAAGCUGCUUUGGCUGUUUAAAAAAUUCUUGUCAGAUCAGGUCUGGGUUCUCAGUAAGGAGUGUUAUGUCAGCUUGUUUCAUCCAUGCAUUCAGUUUUGUGAAAGAAUUAUUCAAUGGAGCUGUUUACCACAAUACUGGUUAUAAUCAAUGUGCCUCAAUAGACAUAUAGCAGAUGACUUACCAUGAUAUGUUAAAAAAUGACACAUCAAAGCCAAAUCGAAAGCCAAAUGUAACACAUCAUUGUUUUAUACAUUCUCGUUUUAGCCUCUUCUUUUUAAAUAAUGCAAGUGUCGUAUGUGUAAAUGAAUAGGAACGCUACCAACUGCACAAACAUAGUGUUUCUGUGUGUAAAUAACCCCUGAUCUUCAUUCAGGUAUGAAUCAAUGAAGGCAGAAAAAAAUCUCUUUGCACAUACUGGUGUAACUUUGGCCUUAGGUUACUGUACUCUCCUCUGUUCAGGGAUUUGUCAGUGAUUAUCUUUCAUGUCGACUACUGCUUACAUCAUUCUCUUGCAAUGUGUGAUUGCGGUGUUUGUGGUCAUGUGAUUUAAUGGAGACUCUGCUAUAGCUGAUUUUGAAAACUGCUGAGAAGUCAUGUUUGCUUCUAACCUGGCUGACACCAGACCAAUUCGCAAAUCUUAACUGAAAUUGGGAAUGGAUCUUGGGACCCUUCAUUCAUCUCCAAUUUCCAUAACCAGCGGUGAAAUUGGAACAUUAAUUAGAACAUUAAACUUACCAAAUCUUUGUGGAAGUACAGCAAACACAUAUUUCUUGUAAAAGAAAGUUUUAAAGUUAUCUCACUGACACCAUCAGGGCAGUCAUUGGUUGUGUUGAACAGUGCUGCUAACUGUACUUCUCUGUCUGUCAUCAUAUAAAGCCCGCCCCAUGCCGGAUAAGCAGUUUUAAUUGGUGCCUGGGUUUUUUGGUGAUCCAGAAAUCGGCUUGAAUGGGACGAUGUCCAGACGGACCUGUAGGUUUGUCUGGGUUCACCCAGGCUAGUUACCUUCAGACUUCUUUUUAAAAUGUGUUCAUCACUUCUAUCAGGACGCUUUGUGAUUGUUGGAUCCUGUUUAAACUCCCCUGGAAAACCGGUGUCUUUGGUUAAAAGUGCCAGUGUUUCAAACACUAAUCUUUUGUCUUCUUCAGUAUAGUUCACUCACACCCAAUCUGAGAAUUAUUGAUGUAUGUUGCUGCUGUUGAGAAUUACACUGUAUAACGAGACAUUUAAUGUAAAACACAUAUAUGAUAUAACAAAGUCAGUGUUAAACAUGAUCAAUUGAAAAUAAACAAAUAAAUAUAUAGGUGUACAUACAUCAGUAAGAAAAGAAAAAAAGUAAACCUUUAUAUUUUUAUUGUACUGUGACUACAUUGUGAAACUGAUGUGUUGUGAAUUAUUUAUCAAUCUGUAAUAAAUAUCUGUAAAAGUGUAAGAGUAA